AUGAGACGCAGGAGAGUCAACUCCAUCGAAGGGGACUGCCUCAGAUCCCCAAUGCCGGGCGGAGUGCUCGGCAGAAGGCGGGGAAGUGGAGAUGGAGUGCUGAGGCGAGCUUGUCAACCUUCCGGCCCUCGAGACGAACCCCAUCCCACCAUGGACGGUCCCAAUUCAAAGCGCCCUCGGCGACGCAUCAGACCCUCCCGCGCGCGGGGAUUGAGAACCAAGACAGGGUGGGGGCGGCGGGUGAAGUGCGAUGACCGCACGCCGAUUUGUCUGCGCUGCUCCAAAUCAGACCGAAUAUGUCGUUAUGCUCCGAGUUCUGGACAGAAUGCUGCUCAAGGCAUUGACCAAGAACCACCAGGCAGACACGGGGCCAAUUGUGUAGUACAACCUGACUCCGACGAGAGGCGCGAGGAUACCGGCGCCAACCCACAGGGCCUCAGUGAUCUCAUACUUUCCCAAGCUUCAACCUCGAGUUUGCAGGUCUCACAGUCAAGCGUUUGUACGCCACCUUGCUUGCACGUCACUUGUGUGGCUUCCUCAACAGAUGCGCCGGCACAGUCAAAUUUCCCUAUCGAGACUUCAUCGGGUGAAGGUCCAAACAGUGCGAAUCAGCAAAAUACCUCCAGUCUGGAGGCGGCCUUCUCCACAUCUCCCCUUUCCCACUCUCAGGCAUCGCUUCUCGAUAUAUCCCCCUUGGAAUGGUAUGAUCUGCUCGCUCGUGAUGCCAUUAGCCAUAUCCAGGAACUGGGAGAGACUUCUGGUCGUGAUCCCAGGUGGAAGUUUUCGGAAAGCACCCUGUCCCGGCGACAGUCACCGGUUCCUGUGCGAUCGGACGCUGGGCUCGCAGAGAUCCGAAGACAUGGCGGGCAGCGGCAACGCUCUCCUGGAGCCCAAGAUCAAGCUCAAUCACCCUUACUGGAUCAUCAUCGGCUAUCUCAAAUCUGGAACACAGCAACCCAAAUAGAAUUAUCCCCGGUCGACCUCACAUUUUUCCGAUAUUACAUUGAGGUGGUUGGGCCUAUUCUGGACUUGUUUGAUCCCCGCCGCCAUUUCAGCAACGUUGUGCCCCACCUCGCACUCUGGAAUAUCGGGCUGUUGAAGUCUAUUCUCGCAGUUGGGGCGAAGCAUAUGUCCCUUGAUUCAUCGCAAACGGACGAUGGCAACACUCCACAUUGUCACACUGAACCAAAUGAGUCAAGUUCUGUUUCAUCAUUCCCGGAGACUGCACCAAAGUCCAUGGCGACGCAGUAUUACUACGAGACUCUUCAAUAUCUUUCUCAAACCCUCCUCUAUCCCGCUUAUUCUGAAUCUCAUGAGAUACUAGCGACAGCAACCAUGAUCAGCACAUAUGAGAUGUUUGACGCUGACAGUGCCCUGAAUAGUAGCGUUUGGGAACAGCAUCUUCGAGGGUCAUUUUGGAUUCAACGGUCCCAGGAUAAUGACGGUGAGUCAGCCGAUGGACUAAGACAAGCUGUUUGGUGGGCUUGGCUUAGACAGGAUAUAUGGGCGGCAUUCCAAGCUGGACGCCCCACAAUCACGUUCUGGCGGGCUCGCAAACCCCUGGAGGCGCUUACUUCAGAUGAGCUAGCCACCAGAAUCGUAUAUAUAUGCGGCCAGUGCGUGAAAUAUGCAUCCGGCGGGACACCACAAGGACAAGACCCAAUGGAACGGAUUGAACAGGGUGAUCGGCUUCUUCGCACACUCGAUGAUUGGCAUGGGGUGCUUCCUGCUUCAUACCAGCCAGUUACGGUCACGCGCGGCCCAGGGUCAGACACGAAAGUCUCGUCGAUCUGGAUUCAUCCUCCAAGCCAUGCAGCCGCAAUGCAGAUGUACCAUUUUGCCAGGGCAAUCGUUUUACUCAAUCAACCCACAGUGGGUGGCUUGAAUGCCUACAUGCACCGCGAGAAAGAGCUGACAAAAAGCGUGGAAACGGUUUGCGGCAUCGCCAGUUCCUGUCACGAGUCCGAGCCCGCAAAGGCCUUUGUUAAUGUGCAAGCUUUGUUUGGAGGUAAUUUUCAGCACAUCUACCCUCCGAGUUUUACUGAUCCAGCCCAAGUUGGUCAAUUUGUCAGGUCGUCCGAAAUGCGUGAAGACCUUCUCCGGCUUUUACGCAAGAUGCUAAAAAUCAGCAAAUUCCCAUCCAAAGCGGUUCUUUCUCGGCUAGAAAGGGUCUGGCAGGAAUGA